AUGGCGGCUCGAUCACAAUCUUUUCCUCCGUAUCCAUACAGCACCCAACUGUCCUCACCGCAAAUGCACCAACCCGCCACAUCGUCGACUGUCCGUGGCGACGAGGGCGAAUGGGAAGACCUUUACACGAUCGAUUCUGACGACUUUGAAGAUGACCCUACCCCCAAGGUGGACUUCCUCACCCUUCUCACUCGACAUGCACCAAGAGGGAACAUUCCUUCUCAACCUGCAACCCCUGUUAAGCCAAAGGAGCCACAACCUAUCGAAUCCAGCUCUGGUCCCGUAUGGAGCUCCCCAAUCACUGGGAAUAGAGAACAGAGGAGGGAAAAGCGCUUUCAAAAGAACCAGAGGCGGAAGGCGCAACAGCAACGAGAGCAAAAACAAGCACGCCAACGAGCACGGGAGGAAACUGUGCAUACUUUGAUUGUCCAGGCCAUGGGGUUUCUGAAGGGAAAGGGUGUUGGAUUGAAGGACAUCUUGGGCUAUAUCUUUGAUCCAGCUCAAGGACAACGGGCUCUACGUUGGAAGGAGUAUUUCGCCGUCCCUGGCACAGCGUCCCAGCUUCUAGGAUGGUUUGCUUCUUCCGAAUACCCAGACUCUGUACGCCAAGAAGUUCACCAGUGGGCAGUCACAUACAUUUCAAGCCUCAUCGCCAAAGAAGCUCGCCAAAUCACCGAGAGCGGUGUACUCAACUCGACUCGCCAUCCAGUUACUGCGCAAUCCGUAGCAUCAUUCGACUUCGGUGCUUGGUAUGAGGAUCUUGCUUAUGAGACUGCGCCAACUGCUAUGGCCAUGUUCAAAGCCUUUGCGACGUCACGGCACGUCUCCACGCACAGUGAAUCUCGCAGAGCCCGUACCCGGAUGGUUGUUACCUCGGUUGCAUUGGCAUGCCUUGGGGAAUACAGUCGUGCAAACAACCUUGUUAAGCGACAGUUCACCUUGUAUCUAUACUCGACUGGGGCACAACGGCAAACGAUCUCUGUUUUGUCACGAGUCGGGGUUUGCGGAAGCUACACCAAUCUGAUCUCAUCCAGAGCCCGCAAGAAACGAAACUCCAAGAAGGCAGACUCUAACAGUCCACAGACCGACAACGAUGGAAGUGCCGCAACUUCGAGUAACCCCUUGCCUAAUCCAGUUUCGACCAACCCAGACCCCGAAGUUUUGUAUGAGGGGACUCUGCCUCAGCUUUCGCACAGUAUACGGACAUGCUCGAGGGAGCUAGCUGCCACGGGCACCGCAGGCCUUAUUUUAGACAACAUCAAUAUGGCGUUCAUGGUUGGGGAGCAGGUUCUUGGUCGACACGACUCGCAGGAGAAUGGGACGUGCGCAACCUUGUUUCCCCUCUAUCAAACUACAGUAGAGGAUCUCGAUGUAGAGAAGCUUCGCACCUCUUUUCUUAAUGCACGCGACCUUCAAUUUUCCGACCUCUUAUUCAACCCAGACGAACACCAGCUUUUCCGAGACGCUCUCAUCCACACCAUUCUCCGGAUUAUCAUUCGCUAUGGCGGGCCUGGCUUCAAACAUUUUGAGAAUGAAGUCGAGAAUAACCAGCCUACAAGCGCCCAUAAGAUUGAUCUUCACAAAACGGAGCUCUACCCCCUUCCAGCCAUGAACAUAGACCAAUCGUCCAUUACCGGGAACGCUGAUGUGGAUGAAGCAAUUGUGAAGGAGCUUCGCCUCGAUCAACAUCCAGAUUUCCUCAAAAGGGCUCGAGUUAUCAUAGGGGACCAGCUCACGGUUGCGCGAUUCCGCUCCCUUGAGACGAUCCGGGCAGGCCACGAGACGGAUUACGAAGGCUUCUUCUGGGGGGUUUGGGUCCCUGGGCUGUUCCAUACCAAGAUAGCCGACGCCCAUGGUGUUCUCUUGACACACUUUGGCAAGCCCAGCUCCGGAUCCCGCAAUCCUGGCUCCCUUUCCUUUCACAACACUGUUCUCGAUCGCCUUCCCAUCACACUCAACUCGAAGUCAGCCCCUCCCAAAUUCCGGAUUGCUCGAGACUUGAUAUUCACCUCCCUCUAUGCCCGGGUACUCCACUGCUUGCUUUGUGUUUCGGGCGCAGGAAGUCUAGACGACUAUCUGGCAAAGUUCACCACUUACGAAGAUCUUUCGAAGCACGCAUCCGAGAUUCUUGACCAGUUUGCCUCGAGGGACGUUGUGCAGAGCAUGCGCUGGAAACGGAAAGUAACAGGUGAUCCGAAUGAAGGGGAUAUGGUGUUCGAAAAUGCAAUUCUCUUUCUUGCUGAUGCCCUCGUCUCUCGGGAGUUUACCGAUGCGAUAAAGGCAGGGGACUCCGGCAGGAUCUUUCUUGUACUGAAGCACUUUGCGUUCAGUUUUCGGGGAAACGGUCGCCUCAAAUAUGCAUAUGAGAUGUUGUACAUCAUUCAUAACCUCUCUUCGGUUUUGCCGGAGUCGAUGCGUCGCUGCGUUAUGAAUAAUUGGGUUCUCAACCCUUCCGGUAAUCCGAAUUCGUGGGUUGAAGGUGAUCUUGUACAAGAGCACUCGAACUUGAAGAUAAAGGGUGGAUAUAAAGCAAGAGGUUCAAAUGCCUCUUGGGAUUGGUUGGCACUCAUCGCGCCGUGCACCGAAGCCCUUCGGGAACUCGCAAAUAAUAUGCAUUCAGCUCUUGGGCACGACCAAGGUACUAAACAUUCCGAUGCCAAACUUGACGCAGACAUCAGAGCAUUGAUGGACAGUCUUGACGAGCACUCGGUUUACCGUAUGCAACCUGGACGGGUCUUGGAUGAGGAUGAUCCACCUGUGCCUGAUGUCGUAUCUGUUGGGUCUGAAGAACUGGUUUCCCAAUCAAAUUCACCACUCACUGAAUUCAACGCAGCAUUCCGUAUGCUUAAACGACACCGCCAAAUGCAGCCUGUCCCAGAUCUCGAAGACCCUGAUGAUCAUGGAGUCUCAAUCGCUACCCCCGUACUAGCUGCCACAGAUCCCGAGGCUGCACUCCCUACUCCAGGCAGCCAAUCUCCGGAUACAAAUGGCAACUUGGAUGAUGAAGAUGAAGAUAUACCCACGUAUGAAGAGCUCGAACGGGUCCUCGAACCAGAAUUGGUCAGGAUCAUGAGGGAGGUGCGAGAAGGGUUGGAUGAGGCUGCUUUACCCCGGGUUGCUGAUGACGAUGUCGCGUAUGACAUGGACAAUAUUGGUGGCGAUAUGGAUUCAGAAUCCUCAGAUUCUGAUGAUACAGAUAGCGUAGAUGAAGUUCCCGAUGAUAUCUUAUUUAUGGAGGCGACAGGAGAGGAGGGUAGUUUGUAA